UCUCUAACCCCUACCCCAACGGUGUCGGUGUUGCGUGACCGCCUCUGAGAAAAUCGCGUUCUUCUCGUCCGUUUCCUGCAUUGAGGGAGGGGGGAGAUGAAGGUGGUGGACAAGAUCAGAGAGGCCGUCGUGGCGUGUGAGCGCGGCGGCGAAGCCAACAGCGGGAGGAACAGGAGGGAGGCCGUGUUCUCGUUGGAGUUCUUCACGCCGAGGAAGGCGUCCGAGGUGGACCACCUGCUGGGACUCAUCGGCCGCCUGGUUGCCCGCGGGCCGGCGUUCUGCGACCUCACGUGGCGGUCCGGCAGCUUGGCCACCGACGACCUUACCCUGGAAGUGACGGCGAAGAUGCAGAACGCAGUCCCCGUGGAGACGAUGAUGCACCUCGCCUGCACCAACAUGCCCGUCCAGAGGAUUGAUCGCGCCCUGGAGAGGAUCAAGUCCGACGGCGUCCAGAACGUGCUCGCCCUCCGCGGGGACCCGCCGAACGGCCAGGACAAGUUCGUCCCGGUCCCGGACGGCUUCGCCAGCGCCCUCGAGUUGGUGGAACACAUCAAAGCCAAAUAUGGGGAUUACUUUGGCAUUACUGUUGCUGGCUAUCCAGAGGGCCAUCCUGAUGUCAUAGGAAGCGAAGGCGUGGCCUCUGAUGAUGCUUACCAGAAUGAGCUCGCCUACUUGAAGCGAAAGGUGGAUGCUGGAGCAGACCUCAUAAUCACUCAACUGUUUUUUGACACCGAUAUUUUCCUCAAGUUUGUGAACAAUUGCCGCCAAGUUGGAAUAACUUGCCCCAUUGUUCCUGGCAUCAUGCCGAUCGCCACAUAUAAGGGGUUCGUGCGCAUGACCGGUAUAUGCAAAACAAAGAUACCAGCUGAAGUCUCCGCUGCUUUGGAACCGAUAAAGCAUAAUGAUGAGGCUGUUAGGAACUACGGAAUUCACCUUGGAACAGAAAUGUGCAAGAAAAUUUUGGCUAGUGGAAUCAAGACUCUACACAUGUAUACAUUCAACAAGGAAGUGUCGGCCUUGGCGAUACUAAUGAAUCUUGGCUUGAUUGAAGAGUCCGGAGUUUCAAGGUCUCUUCCUCAGAGACAUCCUUCGAAGGUCCUUCCUGUUGAGGAGGAUCAACACCCCAAUUCUGGUACUAAGGAGGCCAAGAAAAAGUUUUAGCGUCAUUCCACUGGAAAACACCGUGCAAUUCUUUGAUGCAACAAAUUAUUGGCGUCUUGACUGUAGGACGAGUCCAAAGCGCUAACAUUUCAAGGCCAUGGAAUCAGACCAAUGCCCUCUCAAAUGGGGUGAUUUAGGAGCAACUAGAACCAGAGCGCAAGUCUCCUUUCGAAUUCAGGUCAUUGUAUCAUUUCUUCGCUAAAAAAGAGAAUUACAUAGUUACAUUGGAACUUAAACAUUCAUCUACAAAGAUAGGUAUGUAAAUUCACGUGUUGAUUAAUUGAUGUGGAAGACGUUGCCAAGA